AGGGCGUCAGGUGCGUCACCUGUGCCGCUGGGACCCUACCUCCUGCCGCCACGCCCAGAGCCGUUCUGCAGCAUUCACUGAUCUCUGCAUCCAGCUCUGCUCACCUGUUGUUAUCUUGGACCUCACUGAGCAGCAAUAGGCGUCUCCCAGAGCUAUGAAAUCCUUCUGCCCGAUCCUCUUCCUCCUCGUCUUCCUCUUCGCCCGGCUGAGUUCCCAGGCCGCUCCUUCAGCCUCACCGCCCGCCGGCCCGGACCUCCCUGGGACAGGCCACCCCUCUGAAACCUCCCCUCAUGCUUCUGAAAAUUCCACUCGUGACCAGCCUAACCCACAGUCCCCAGGGACUGCUUAUCCUGAACCCUCCAAGAUCCCUCAUGCAGUUUCCCCUGAACCUGCCUCUCUUGACUUCACGGAAAGCCCCAACGCUGACCUGCGAGAAACCCCACACCCAGAGUCUCCUGAGACCCCCAAACCUAAGUCACUCAACACCUCGAUAUCAGAAUCCCUGGAGAUCCCAAAGAUUAACCUUUCCAAAACACAUCCAGAACCUUCUGAGACCCCCAAACCUGACCCCACUGAAAUUCCACACUCAGAAUCUCCCGAAACCCUUAAACCUAAUCCCUCCAAAACUUCACUCCCAGAAUGUCCUGAGACCCCAAACCCUGACCUUAUCCAAACUCCACACCAAGAAUCCCUAGAGAUUCCCAAACUUAACUCCACUGAAAUCUCACACACAGGAGCCCCUGAGAUCGCAGCCCCUGACCCCACCAAGACCCUUCACCCCAAGUCUCCAGAAACCUAUGAUUCUGUCACCACUGAAACCCCAAACUCUGAAUUCCUCCCGACCCUCCAUCCUGACCCUACCGAAACCUCCCACGCGGAGUCCCAUGUAACCCUCCAGCUCAGCCCCACUGAAAUCCCCCAAACAGGAUUCCCCACAAACCUGUACCAAGACGCAACAGAGAUUCCCAUGACCUCUGAUCCUGAAAUCUCCAUUAGUCUUCACCCAGAAACGCCUGCACCCUUCAAGGAUGAAGCGACUGCUCUAGCUGAGCUGCCCCUGAAUCACAUAUCAGAAACCCUUGUAGCCACCCAACCCGACUCCCUUAAAUUGGCCACCUCAGAUUCUCCUGGGACCGUUGAGCUGAAGGCCCCCCAGAACUCUAGCCCUAAAGGUCCCGACGCCCUUCCCCUCUCAGCCCGGAUUGCGGGUCCCCCUGCUCCUCCAGGGCCCUCCAAUCAGCCGGCCCCUGCCACUCAGCGGGUCCCCCAGCGGCGCAGCAGAGGUGAGAGAGUCAACACUAUCAUCGUGGUGGAACGAGUGAAGGAGACCGGCGUGACCCUGGUGGGGCGCCCCCGGGGCCCGGCGGGCGGGGCCUUGUGCCUAUUCUUCGCGGGCACCGGGCUGCUGAUCGGCAUUUUCCUGCUGCUGUGGUGUCUGUACCGCCGGGCGGCUCGACACCGGCCCUUCGCACACCACCGGCUUCCGAACGACGGAGAUGAACCUGUUAUGCAUUUGGACGCCCCGAAGGACCCCUAUGACCUCUACUUUUAUGCGCCGGACGCCUGGGUCCCUUCGCACAUCGCCACCAAGCAGCCGCCGCCCAGCCCCCCGCUGCCGCCCAAGCUACCCCCGCCUCCCCGCGGGGGCCGCCCCCAGCGCCUCGAGCCGCUCUCCCCCGCCACGCUCCCCAACAACUUCGUGUGA